GCCCCUCGCUCACAUUCUCAGCUUCUGUGACAUCACACUGGGACUCGUGCCUUCUACCCUGGGCCGUGGCUUGAGCGCUCACUAUCUCUUGAGCGACCGCUUUGGAGAUAGGGCUCCUGGAGCCAGUGUUGGCGAGGGCGCCUGUGGGCCCUGGAGGUGCCGCCAUGCCGCUGUCGCGGGCUGGCCGACCUCAGGGCCUGCUUCCCUGGAUGCUCCCGAGCUUGUGUGCCGCUCUCAGUGCAGUGAUGCUGCUCAUCCUGAGUGGCCUGUUCUUUGCUUUCCCUUGCAGAUGGCUGGUGCAGAACGGCGAGUGGGUCUAUCCCGUCAUCUUGGGCCCCCUCUUCGUGCUCACCUUCUGCUGUCUCAUCGCCCUCAAUGGGUCAGACCCUGGCACCCUACAUCAAGGCUCCAACGAACUGGACCCCAUGAUGAUGCCUGUGGUGUGGGUGAACCACAGGGCCUUCCACCUGCAGUGGUGCCCAAAGUGCCGCUUCCACCGCCCGCCCCGGACCCACCACUGCCCCCGGUGCAACAUUUGUGUGGAGGACUUUGACCACCACAGCAGGUGGGUGAAUAACUGUGUCGGGCACCGCAAUUACCGGCUUUACCUGCUGCUGGUCCUGUCCCUGUGUCUAUACACUCUCGCCGUGCUGGUCGCCUGUGUGACGGUCCUGGUGCGCACGACCCACCUGCCCUACGGUCUGGACAAGAUCAUCACCAUCGGGGUGGCUGUACCCGCCGCCGGCUUCCUGGUGCCUCUCUUCGUGCUGCUGCUCAUCAAGGCCUGGUCGGUUAGCAAGGCUGAGCGCUCCCACGAGGGCAAGUACCAAUACCUGUAUGUAAACAACCCUUUCGACCUUGGCUGUGCUGGAAACUGGUGUUUCACAAUUUUCGCGCUACGAGGACCCAAGUACAUGGCCGAAGCCGUUGGUCUACAGAGCGCGGUGGGGCCUGACUGGGUGCCCAUGCAGACCCUGCACUGCUCGAGAGGCCCCUCGGGGCCCGGUCCUCCAGCCACCCCCGGGCCAGGGUCUCGCCCCCACGUCCAAACUCUGGGUCUCUACACACCGGGACGGGCUCCCCCAGGGAGUCGAGAUCCUGCAGAUCUCCAGGAGGCAACUUUGAAUCUGGAGCUGAGUGUAUGAACCGUGUGGAAGUGGAGCAUCAGGAAUGAAGUGGGGGUCCACGCCAGCUGGCCCAGUGCUGCCCCUGCUGCAUGAGGCUGCAUAUCAGCCUUGGUCUGCUCUCGCCAUUUUGCCCCUGGAGAUGCCAGGAGCCUCGACACCUGAACCUCACUCCUCUAUCCUGCGUGGAGGCUCUCUGUGCCCUGUCCCUGCCUACUCCCCUGGCGGGAGUGCCUGGAUCCCCAGAAAGCCCA